AUGACUGUUGACGAAGGUGAAGAACAUUCACUGGAAGUGCCACCUGCUGAUGAUGUUGCAUUAUUAUCAGUGUAUAAAAUAGACGAUGAAGUGAUUUGUGAACUAAAUGAAUGUACAACAUCAGCUUCUGAGAUAGGUUCCGGCAACUUCGACUCUAUUUCAAGUGAAACAAACUCAGGAGGUAUAGGUGUAAUAGAGCGCAGUAAAUUCAGCUAG